UCUGUUACUUCAUCAACUCGGCAAAGCGCUUAUUCAUAUGCGUUCAAUUCAAUUCAAUUCAAGCUUUGCUUUCUCCUCCUAAGUACGAUGCAAACUUCGAUGAGUUGAACGCGAACGAGAGAGAUUAUAUGUACAAGAUUUUUGCGAUUUCAGCAAAUGUAUUACUCUUGUUAGAAAAAUGGAUGUAGAGAAAGUCUUCCACAUGACUGGAGGAGUUGGCAAAACUAGCUAUGCCAAGAAUUCCUCACUACAGAAGAAGGCAUCUGAUAAGGUAAAGCACAUAAUCAUACAAACAGUUGAGGAUCUUUACCUUGAAACCACUCCCAAGAGCAUUGGCAUUGCUGAUUUGGGUUGUUCCUCUGGACCCAACACUCUAUCAAUCAUCAAAGAUAUCUUCCAAGCCAUCCAAGGCAUAAGCCAAAAGAUCAAGCACCAUUCUACCGAGUUCCGUGUCUACCUUAAUGAUCUUCCAACAAAUGACUUCAACUCAAUCUUCAAGGCCUUGCCAGAGUUCCACAGGUUGCUUAUGCAAGACAGAGAACAUGGGGUUUCUCCCAUUUUUAUGGGAGGUUACCCUGGUUCAUUUUAUGGAAGACUUUUUCCAAACAGUUACCUACACUUUGUCCACUCCUCCCACAGUUUACACUGGCUUUCAAGGGUUCCUCCAGCUCUCUAUGAUGAACAGGGAAUGUCAUUGAACAAGGGUUGUGUUUACAUUUCUGAAUUAAGCCCUGCAGUGGUGCCAGAAGCAUACUUGCAACAAUUCCAGCAAGACUUUUCCUUGUUCCUUCGGUCAAGGUCAGAAGAACUAGUUGUUGGGGGAAGAAUGGUGCUGAUUUUCAUGGGAAGAAAAGGCCCAGAACAUGUUGACAGAGGCAACUCUUUCUUCUGGGAGAUUCUUUCUCGUUCAUUUGCUAUUUUAGUCUCACAGGGAGAGAUAGAACAAGAGAAGGUUGAUUCAUAUGACGUGCAUUUCUAUGCACCAUCAAGGGAAGAAAUAGAAGAGGGGGUGAGGAAAGAAGGUUCAUUGAAGUUGGAGAGGUUAGAGAUGGUUGAGAUAGACAAGAGCGUGCAAGCCAUGGAAAGCUAUGGUACAAAGGUUGCAAUGGCAGUUAGGGCCAUUCAAGAAUCAAUGAUCACUAACCAUUUCGGAGAAAGGAUCUUAAACAGUUUGUUUGAGAACUAUGCAAGACUCGUGGAUGCAGAAAUGACUGAGGAGGAUAUUAAGCCCAUUUCUUUCGUUCUGGUUCUAAAAAAAAUAUGAAUGUAAAAGAAAAAUUAUAAUUUUA